CUUGUUUUAUAUAAUUUUAGAAAAUUCUGCAGAAGGAAGAUGAAAAGGGAGACAAUAAUGAAGAAUAUAAAAAAGAUUUGACUGCUGGCAAAAGGAGUUUAUCUGAAGAAAAACCGCAUGGUUCCUUUUUUGAUAUGAAUGGACAUGUUGAGACAGUGCUUCAGUCAGAGGCAAAGGUGGCUGCUGCACGCUCUGUCUGCAAGAUUUUCUCCCCAACAAAAGAUGGUACCUUAACAGCUACCGGAUUUCGAGUUGGGUCUAGAUUUAUAAUGACAGCUUGUCAUGUGACAAGUAGAUUUCUUGAAGGUCAUCAGUAUGCAGCUGAAAAGUUUGUUGUUUUUAAUUACAAGCAUGAGAGUGGUUUCAAUGAAGAGGACAAAUUCCAUUUAGGCAAAACAGUAUUUUCCAAUUUAGAAACAGACAUUUCAGUUGUAGAGUUAGAAUGUGAUUCACGCACUUUGCCUCCUCCUUUGCGUUUAUUUUGUUCCCCUGUUUCUGAUAGAGGGUUCCAUUUAAUAGGACAUUCUCAAGGGAACAUCAUGGAAACAAAUUUUGUAGACAAAAUAUGCAUUGAUAACCGGGAAAAAGCUAAACUGAGGAAUGAAAUGAAUGAGAAGAGCAUUAAUUAUACAGGUGGCAGACAUUGUGAUUGCCCACCUCAUGAUAAGAUAGACAAUCCUCAUAGAUUUCUGUUUCUCUGCAGGUUCACCAAAGGUGGGAGUGGUGCACCUGGUGUUGUUCUUAUUGGUAAUAAAAUUUACGUGACAACAGUCUUAUUAUGGGGAUAUCCUAAUUGGUACUUUGAUCCAACCAUGGAGGAAAAAAAAGUUAAUUGGCCUGUAGGAGACUGCAUUCAGCAAGGGGUUAAUCUUAAGUCUUUGCAGGAAUUUAUGUUCUUGGCAUAUCCUGACCUCAGUAUAGACAUAUUUGGCGACCAGCCAAUACCUUGAUCUGAUAAAAUGGUAAUUGUACCCCCACAAACAAAGUCUAGGGGGCUAUAUAGGUGUCGGUUGGUCGGUCAAAUUUAUGGAUUCAGGAUAAUAAAUAGAGUUUGGAAUCCGGUAUUGUAAUCAAACUUGGUAUAUAGCUACCUUAUGUAGAAACCCCUGUUGAUACUGUAAAACAUUUAUUAUUCGCAAGAAAUUUAAUUUAUU